UUCGUUUGCGUUUCGUUGUUCGUUCAUUGUCUUGUCGUGUGGGGUAGUUUCUAUAAUUUUAGUUGCCAAACGAUUUCAAUUCAGUUGCUCACAAGUUGGAUUGUUUUUCUUAUUUUAAGUUUCUGUUUUAUAGUUUUGCAUUACAAAACCUUUUGAGUGACUUUUGUUUUAAAUUAUUAAAAACAUAAAAAAUGCGAAUGGGGAUGAGUGACCAAAGAUUGAAUUUAAAAUUUGUGAAAGAGGUUGAGAGACAUGAAUUACUUUAUAAUUAUAAUCUUCCUGGUUAUUCGAGAAAAGAAGAAGUUGAAAGAGCCUGGAAAGAGGUUUCAGAAGCUGUUAGAUUGCCAGUAAGUGAAUGCCGAGAGAGAUGGCGCAAUCUGCGUACAGUUUUCAUUCGAAAGAAAAAACCAUCACCCAAAGGAUCUCAAAACAGAAGAAAAGCGUACUACCUGGCCGAUGCCAUGAAAUUUUGUUUGCCAUUCAUAAAAAUCUUAGCGCCACCAUCAUUUAAAAAACUCGACACCGAUGAAGAAGUGAUAUGUUUGAAACCUGAAAAAUCAACUGACGACGAAAAUGAAAAUGAAAUUGAAAACGAAAAUGUAAAAGUAAAUCCAAUUGAAAACGAAAAUGAAAACAACUCAAUGAUGGAUGAUGAUAUCUGUGAAAUAACACAAUUCGAUCAAGAAAUCGAAGCAAUACUGCCAGAGUUUUUCGAAUCAAAAUCUGUGAAAAAACGCAAAAUAGAUCAAAUAUCAAAACAGACAACAUCAUCAUCAACAAAUACACCAGUAUCAACUUCUUAUGUUCAAGAAACGAAAAGUUCUUGUUCUAAGAGUGAACAGAAAGAAGCUAUGAGAAUGUUUCUUCUUAGCUUAAUGCCUGAGGUAGAAAACUUUUCCGAUUCCCAAAUAAAACAAUUCAAGAGACGAAUAUUCUCGGUAAUUGACGAGAUAACUGGAAUUUCGUAUAAUAACAAUGACCCUCUGGUUAAUUCAACAAUGUAAAUCGUAGAUUUUAAUUUAAGUAGAUAUGCCAUAAGAUAUAUACAUAGUUUUGUUUUCGUUUCAAUUUACAUACAGAUUCAACAUUGACAUAGUGAUUAAAAUUAAGAUUUUAUCGAAAAGUAAUUGAUUAAAUACAUCUUUAUAUUAUACAUACAUUUAAAAUACAUACAUACUUUUAAAACAUAAUUUUUAUAAAUUUGCUUGGUUAUCAAAUAAACAAUAUUUUAUAUUAUAAUGUAAAUUAAAACUUA